AUGGAGAUACAUCUCAGAAGUGACUGUGAAACAAACUUCAAGGGUGCUGAUAUCACUUUCAAGCAACUUCUCAUCGGCGCUCUCAAAGAAUCAUCUCAUCUACAGCAGCAUCUCGCCAAUGACGGAACUCAGUGGAUAUUUAAUCCACCUGGGGCUCCAACUAUGGGUGGAAAAUGGAAAGUUGCCGUAAAAUCAACUAAGUAUCAUCUUCAGAGAACCAUCGCUGAUACGCUUCUUACCUAUGAAAAUUUCUCAACGUUUCUCAUUCAAGUCGAAGCAGUUCUCAAUUCUCAUCCACUCAGCGCACUCUCAGAGGAUCAUGACGAUCUGACUGCUCUCACACCCGGACAUUUCAUUCGUGGUGCUGCUAUCAACACCAUUCCGGAACCUAAUCUCACAUCAAUCUCAUCAUCAAGGCUCUCACAUCUGCAGCAUAUCCAAGAACGCUUGCAGCAUUUCUGGGAUCGGUGGUCUGCAAAAUGCUUACAACUUCAUCAGUUCAUCUCAACAUGGAAUACAUCCCAUCACAAUAUAACAGUUGGAUCACUUGUAUUGCUCUAA